AUGCGCAGGGAGGCAAACAAGCAGCAUGUAAGAUGUCAAAAAUGUUUAGAGUUUGGACAUUGGACGUAUGAAUGUACAGGGAAGAGAAAAUACCUGCACAGACCUUCGAGGACAGCUCAAUUAGCGAAAAUUCUUAAAGAGAAAGAGAAGCAACUAUUACUGCAACAAAGCUCUGGAGAAAGUACUGCAGAAAAGAAGACAAAGAAGAAAAGAUCUAAGAGCGUGACCAGUUCCAGCAGCAGUAGCAGUGACAGUUCGGCUAGCGAUUCCUCAUCUGACAGUGAAGAUUCUUCUACCUCGUCUUCCGAUGAUGACAGUGACAGUGAUGAGAGCUCCUCUACUUCCUCAUCUUCUCCAUCCUCGAGUAGUUCUUCUUCUUCGGAGUUUGAGUCAGAUUCUAGCUCCUCCAGCAGUAGCAGCAGCAGCACAGACAGUAGCUCCGAUGAUGAGCCGCCAAAGAAGAAGAAGAAGAAAUAG